AUAAACUUACAACAAAAUGUACAACAACUUGUAAGUAUCGAGAUAGUAUCGAAAAAAAAAUCGAUUUUAAUUUUGGUGCAAAUUACAAUUCCUAUUUCUUACUACCUGAGGAUAGUGCUAAUUACAUAUUAUCCAUAUUUUGGUGCAAAUUACAAACGCGUUUUAAAAAAAAUGGUGGAAAUUACACAUGUUGAAUAAUUUUUGGGUCAAUUUUGGUGCAAAUCGACUACAGCCAUUUAUAUAGGUAUAUACCGGUGUAUUUUUUUUUUGUACGUAAUCCGGCAAGUUCAACGUGCCUGAAAGUAAAGCGCGAGUGUUUAAUAGAGAUCCCUCCAAUGAAACUAAAAACACAUCUGUAGGCUAAUCUUUUAUUUAGCACACUGCUCUUGGCUUUAUCUAAACCAAACAGGUACGGAUACACGAACUAGGCCAUUGUAACGAUGUACUUUUUCCGGGACUCGUCGCAGAAUCACCACUGGCAUGCGUAUAUAUGGCUAAACAGUUCGUAAAUAUUUAAAUGCGCUUAACGAACUCCGCGAAACGCAAUAAUACAGCGUGAGCAAAUACAUAUGUAAACUAUGCACACGUAUAAUAAUACAUUUAAGUGUGUGUGUGUGUGUGUGUGGAGGAAGGGUUGCUCUCCGCAUAUUCUUACGUUAUCCAAUAAUAUCAUUCCGACGUUUAUAAAAUGUUUAUCCGAAAUAUUCUACUCUUCGAGCAGAAAAAAAACCAUCAGUGAUUAUCAUUUAUCACAAUAUAUACCUACAUAGUUUGAAUAAUUAUAUUUUAUUGUAAAAGUCGAGUAAAUUGUUUUACGUAUUUUGGUAACGCCGUGACGGACCCGCGCAGACUUAUUAUUAUAGUCAUUACUAUCGGGUCCCGCAUAAUUUAUUAUAUUAUACGUACUACUUAUAUUAAAACAAUAUUAUCAUCGUUCACGACAAAAACUUGAAAGCUACGCCGCCGACCUUCUCGCAAAACGUUUUUAAUCUUGAACGACAUCGCAUAUGCGCGUACCGACUAAUUGUAUUAAACAUUUUCCGGAUUAACAGAUAAUAAUAAUAAUAAUAAUAAUAAUGGUAAAAAAAACGUGCACAGAUCUACAGCGACAACAAUAAUAAUAAUAAUAAUAAUAAUAAUAAUAAUGAACCCCGCGAUUUGUCAUGCGACAUAUCCGACGAUAAUCCCGUUACCGUAUUAAAUACAGGCGGAAUUUGUCACCCUACCGUGAUCGGAAGUUUUUCGCGGCAUGAUUAAUUUGUGUUUUCUCAUUGAGGACAUAUCACAUUAUUGUCAUUAUCAUUAAUGCCCCCCGGAAACUCGAAGACCCGAUUCACCACGGUGCAUGGUCCACUGCAGACAUUCAAGGGCAGUCGGCCUGUACCUGGGAAACGUGCAGCGUUUUUCAACCAUCGGUCAGUACGUUCAGUGUGCUUAAAGUGUAUGUUGCCCGAGAAUUCCGUCGACACAGUCAUCAUCCAUCCCAGAGUCAGCAAGAGUUGUACAACAGGAGGACGAGUAACACCUUCACCUUCGUCGUCAUCGCUUUAACUGCGGCAUAAUGUGGAUUACGUGGUUCGUGGCCACCGCUUGUGCGGCACUGUCCAUGCGGGGCGCGCACUCCAACGCCGGGCUGACGAGCACUUCGUUUAGCAACGAGCUGCGCACCGGUUUCGCCAGGCUGUUCCAAAACGGCAUCGAACAGCCACUGCAGCAAUCCCCGUUCGUGCUGCUCAACCCUACCGAGUUCCAGCCCGGCCCCGGCCAGCUAGUGCAGCGACCGGCACCGUUCAGCCCGCUGGCGAGCACGGGAUACCAGUUACCGCGACCUAGGUACGAGUUGCAGCAUCUGUCGUGGGUGAUUCCUUAUUAUUAUGUCCCUACCAGGUACCUGCCGCCCAGGGGUGGCAAGCGACCAAACGACGUGCUGGUGAUCGUCGUCAAGACCAGAUCGAAUUGCACGGCCCCCGCGGCCAACGGGACAACACCUGCUGACGGUGACAACGACGGCGACGAUGUAGACGACGGUAUCGACGAAGACGGACCGAAUCCGGACGACGACGUCGAAGAAGUGACCAUCGUCGCGGGUGGCACGGAGAAGGGCAAGGAACCGUCCCGGUGCGUGUGGGCCAUCCUGUCGUGCUGCGCCCCGUCCAACACGCCCAUCCGGUACACGUGUUUCGACGUGUUGGGCUGCAGCACCGCGUUCUGGGACACCAAUCCGUGCGUUCCGGCCAUUAUCAAGACCGCUUUGGACCAGGCCACCCAGUUCUACGGCACGAGCAUGUCCACCAACCGCACGGCCACGCCCGUGCCCACGCCACCGGCCGUCCCAGCAGCGGCCUCCACCGACAACGUGGCCUCCCUGAUGACCGGCACGUCCGCGGCCGCCGCUUCGCCGGUGGACCAGACCACGCCGGCGGCCACCACCACCGCCGCUUAGUCGCCGUUUGCGUUGCAGUUGCCACGCUUCGCCGCUCGUCCGGCAAUCAAUCACCGACCAUAAAAUUAUUAUUGUAAUAUUUUACAGUCAAUAUUUUACGUAAAACGUACGUCGUUCACAAAACUCAGCUAAACCGAAGAACAGCUCAAGUCAUUGGCAACUCGUCCCGCAAACCGAUUCGAUUCGACUUGAUUAUUAUGAAAUAUUUUAAUUGAUUUAUCUGUUAAGUGCAAUUUGUCGUACACCUAAUAUUAUAAUAAUUAUUGUAUAAAACGUAACAUAUUAUAGUCACCGACUUAAGCAUAAUAGUAUACAAUCCGGUGCCGGAUCUGGGACAUUAUACUAUAAUGACGCUCGUGGAUGGUAAAAAAAAUUAUUUUCUCAAUUUAUAGAGAAUUGUCUUUACGGCAAAAUGUUCAUUAUUCCAUUUUUCUUUUUUCAAAAAAAUCUCAACUUACUGCUUUAUUGAACGCGUAAAACAAGAUAUUGUAUUGUAAUAAAAAUAUGAACAUUAAUAGAACAUAAAAGUUCUUGCUAAGUAUUUAAUAAAAAAAAAAUUAAUAACCAGCGGACGGAAAUAUUUUAAAAACUUGUUUCAUUGGCCUUCUUCGUUGCAACUAAAUCGUUUGUUGCAUCAUCAUAAUCGAUUCUUCGCGCAUUUUUUCGUUAUAUUUUUAUACUUCGCAUAUUAGUUUUCUCUGUUAAAUAUAAAGUUAAUAAACAUGUUUAAAACUUAAUACACAGGUACAAUAUUAAAAUAAUACGGGCUGUAACUAAAUCAUGAACAUUUAAUAUUGUUUCAUUUUUCUUGCGGUUCAUUUCUUCUUCAAAUUAAAUUCUUUGCUUUUUUCAUCUUAUGAAAUAAACAUUGAGGUAGCUUUGUACGAAAGGCGCCUGAGACAAGGUACCGUCUUCCCCAAAGAUCCGGCACUCAUUUUAUCAAAUACUAUAUAAAAUUAUGAAUAAUAUAAUUAAAUAUUAUGUGAAUAUCAUAGUUUUUUUUUUGGAUAAAUUACGUUUUCAAAAUAUGCGAUAUUGAUUAUAUUUUUCUCAUUGAAUAUAAUAAAAUAAAAUAUUAUUUUUCAUCCACAAUUUUACAACUAUAAUCAUUUUCAUUUAGCACAUAUUAUUGAUUCUCCUUAAAAUCAAAAUUUUUUCCAUCCUCUCCACCGGUUCUUUUUUCAACAAACAUUUAAGAUUGUAGACCGACUGAAGAACUGACUAAUGGUUUCACAAUGUCUUUUCUUAAAUCGAAAACCCUUCUUAUUUUUGUAUGUAUCAAAAAUUACAUAUAUUUAAUUAUUGAAUGGAAACACAUCACAAAUGGCCACUUUUAAAAAUGUUCAUCCGUUUUAGCUUUUAUAAAGAAUUCGAAAAAAAAAUAGAAAUAAUUUACGUCUAUAUACCGUAAUAUAUUCAAGAUUGAAAAUCCAUUUAAGGGGAUGGAUUAAAGUACUUCACGAUUAUUAU